AUAAUAUUGUCAUGGUUCUAUUUCUCAUACCACUAACGGCGCUAGUUGCUACAGUGGCGGCAGUGACAGAUGAAGUCAAAUGGAAGGCCGAUAGAGAGAGCCUGAUACUAAGCGCUAUUGACUCCCCAGAUAAACAGAUAACUAUUGACAACAUUUUCAGAUCUCCAACUAACUUUAAGAACUUGCCUCCGAUAAUAAGCGCCCCUUCGCUUCUGCAACGUACUUUGAAGCCCGGCGAAGUUCCCCAUUACGUUAUUGAUUUUGCUCCUUUGGUACAUUUAUAUACUGAAGAACGCUAUCUUCCUUACGAUAUUGCUGAUUACGUUAAGCAUUUCCAUGUCGAAUAUGAUAAUGGUACUGUUAUUCCAGGCACAGAUGAAGAUAUGAAUCUAUCCAAAUUAUCUGAAUUACCUAAAUUACCUGAUCUUUAUAUGACUUCUGAUACCGAUUUUGAUACCGAUCCUGAUUGGAUUACAGGAAUUAAAAACAAACCAUCCUUGAUAAAUGGUGAAAUUAAAGAUGCUCCUGCAACCUUGAUUGUGGUUGAUAAGGGAAACGGAUGGGUAGAUGCAUUCUGGUUUUAUUUUUACUCUUUUAAUUUGGGACCCUUUGUCAUGGGGUCUGGUCCCUAUGGUAACCAUGUUGGUGACUGGGAACACUCUUUGGUUCGUUUCUAUAACGGCAAACCAAUCAUUGUUUGGAUGUCUGCUCAUGGUGGUGGUGGUGCUUAUUAUUAUCAUAAUUUGGAAAAAUUCGAGUUAGAUCCAAAACAUCCAAUCAUCUUCUCUGCUCGUGGUACUCAUGCUAAUUAUGUCAGUGUUGGCCAACAUCCCCAUGACUUGCCUUAUGGAAUAUUAUCUGAUUUCACCGAUAGAGGUCCUUUGUGGAAUCCUACAAAGAAUUAUUUGGCUUAUACUUAUGAUGGUGAGUUUGUUUAUCCUGCAAAAACACCAAAUGCAAAUGCAAAACAUACAGGCAGAGAACUCGAGUAUGGUGAUUGGCUUUCUUUCACCGGUCAUUGGGGUGAUAAACAACUUGAAGAUAAUGAUGAUCGUCAACGUCACCUGUUAAUUGGUGGUUACAAGUAUAUCGAUGGCCCUCACGGACCUUUAAUGAAGAACUUGGUUAGACUCAACCCUUGUGAAAGACAUAAAUGGUGGAAUUUUUGGAAUGGUUGCAAUAUAAGGGAAAAUAUCAAAUGGGGGAUCGGUGUUGAAAGUGAAGGCUAUAAUUGUGGUAAUGUUUUCAUAAAAGUUAAGCCUCACUGGUUAAGACUGUUACUUCAAAAACUGACUUGGGGUGGCGGGUUUUGCUUCAUUGUUGAUUUGAUUUAUGGAUAGAUUUAGUUUUAUAAUUUUUUUGAUGUUUUUAAUGUUUUUCUAUGGUUUUU